UUGUAGAUCCCAGUAGGUCUGUCGAUCUCCAGUUAAAUGUAACCCCAAAGCCACGUUUGAUUCAUUUUUCGGGCUGCCAUGCGCUCCAAGAAGCCCGUGUGGCUGCUCUUCAAGCUCCUCGAACUGCUGUUGAGCUUCUGCUGCUGCUUUAUCCACUGGCGCUGCUGCCAGACUCAAGGCAUCCCACACAUCUUUCUGCUGUGCGGCUGCUACGGCGGCUCCAGCAUCAUCUGCGUGCUGUCCAUUGUCGGCAUGUUCUACGCGGAGAAGCCAACCAUGAAGCUGGAGUCGGUGUUCAGCGCAGUGCUGGGCACGCUGCAUUUGGUGACCAUCUUUGUACACAUUUAUCUGGCGCUGCAUGGCGACAGGCUGGGGGACAACUGGCAAGGCUUCUACGUGUGCUGCAGGGACAAUGCCAAAGUGGCGCUCUACGCCACAGCCGUCUACUACCUCCACUGCACCUUUGCGCUGGAUCUGCUGCUGACACACAGGCCCAGAUAUAUCGAGUGCCCGGAUGGCAGUGUGCGCAAACAGCCCCGGCAUCCGCGACGCAGCAUGCGCCCGCUCAAGCUCUACUUCAUCAGCAUUGGCGCUGAAAAUUAUCUAAAUCGCUUUCGCUGGUUCCACCUGCUCACAGCCAACAUGCUGGUGAGCGCUCAGCCAUCCCAGAAGACCCUAGAUGAGUCCUCCAGCUCCAAAGAGGAGCAAGUUCCAUUAGCACAACCACUUAAUGUUAAUUAA